AUGCCGAGGAAGAAGAAACCCACAGAGGGCCUUGAUUCUCGAGGUCAGGAUGGGGAGGAGGAGGAGGAAGAGAAGAGGGCCCUGCUCAAUGCCAAGAAGAAGCGCAGUUUUGUGGACGCGUUUAUUGUUAUAUCCGACAGCGACGGAGAGCAGGAGUCAAAGGAAGAGAGUGGAUUGCAAAUUAAAAGAACCAAACAGCAGCUGGAUAGAACGAAGUUUGCUGCUAAAAGAAAAAUUGCACAGAUGACUGAAGAGGAACAGUUUGCUCUGGCCCUGAAAAUGAGUGAGCAAGAAGCCAGGCAAGUGAACUGUCAGGAAGAGGAAGAGGAGGAGCUCUUGAGGAAGGCCAUUGCUGAGAGCCUUAGUAGCUGUCAGCCCUCAGAGUCCUCUGACGCAACGCCCGAGUUGCCUGCAGAAGCAGUGGGCAAAACAGGCCCAAACGACCUCGCCGAGCAAGAAGGCUCUGAGAUCCUGGGAGGUCUGGCACUCUGCCCUGACACCCCUCGCUCCGAGUGCAGCUCCCACUCACAGAGUGCAAGAGCUGAUGGGAAUGGACAGAUGGAUGUCGCCCGGAGUCCCCUGGUAGUGUUGAGGCGGUUAAGCCAGGAAAUCGUUGAAAACUCACUAGUAUCCAGCAUAAUCGUGUCUCGGGGGAAGGGCCAGCCUUUACCAAGGUCAAGUGAAAAGCCUUCCUCACCAGCAAGAAGGGAUUCUGAUAGCCUGUUACCCAGCGCUUUUGGAGAGGACCUCUUCUCUUUGAGUCCCACCUUUGGCAGGAUUGCUCCAGGCUCCUGGCGACUGACACCUCGGAGACUGUUCACAAGCCCCCGCAGCCCUUCAAAAGCAGAAGAGCACGAAGCAAAAGAGCAACUCCUGCCUGGCACUUGCUCCUCUGUGGGAGCAGCCAGCGCUGAGAGCCCAGCCGCGCUCUGUAACACCUGGACCACGGACAGCUGUGACAGUCCCGAGAGGAGCUGCAGAGGGGCAAGCACCAAACACACCCGGCAGCCCGGGCACGGCACCAAAGUCUGUGUUUCCACAGAGCAAUCGGAACAGAACAAGGGGCCUGGCAGUGCCCCAGAGCUUUGUGUGCUCAGGGGGCCAGAGGAGGGCAGGAGCAAGGAGGAGGCGAGAGACACAGUGCACUACUACUGGGGCAUUCCGUUCUGCCCCAAAGGAGUGGACCCCAACCAGUACACCAAAGUCAUCUUGUGUCAGCUGGAGGUUUACCAGAAGAGCCUGAAGCAGGCUCAAAGGCAGCUAUUGCAUAAGAAGGAGUUUGGUAACCCAGUUGUGCCCAGCCCUUCUUCCCUGAGCCAAAAUGAGCUCGGGAAAGGAGAUCAGAUAAGUAGGGAGAACGGGCUUGCAGAUGACACAGAAGAUGGAGACCCAGAGGUGCAGAAGGAGUCUGAGAGCAUCACCUGGCUCCUCCCUUUGAAGAGAAGGGAGGCAGAGGACAGUCCAGGGCAGAACAUGGAAGAGGAGAAGAACUCUGCCUCUGACGAUGAGCCAACCACCAGCUACUGCCAGGCCUCCCAGGUGCUGGCUGCAGUGGACAUGCCAGAAGAUGGGGAACCAAUGCAAAUUACACAGAGCAUCUCUGCAUUGACCUCACUUGGCAGUAGGAGAAGUCCAAAUACUGCCACAGAAAACUCUGCUGAAGAAGAGGUCAGUGUUUGCCCAGAGACCCAGCCGAGUCCGUCAGAAGAAGAGCCAGAGAGAGAAGAGCUGGGCUUGGACAGCAAAGAUGCCUCUAUGCAGGCUGGUGGAGAUGAGAACGCCAGCAGGGCUGUGCCUGAGGGCAGCCCCGCAGCCGCUGGGCGCGUGUCGUGCCCGCUGUGCGAGCGGCGCUUCCCGGCCACGGAGAUCGAGCUGCACGCCAUGUACUGCAACGGCGCGGGAGAGGAGGCUGCCCACGACUCCCCAGUGCUCACCCGGCGCCAGAGAGAAGCGAGAAGCAGAGCUGCCGGCAGCGAGAGCGGCCCGGCGUCCUCAGGCACUGACAAGUGUGAGAAGUGCUACCUCUGUAAGUCACUGGUGCCACUGCUGCAGUAUCAGAGGCAUGUGGACAACUGCCUUCAGGCUGCUAGGCAAGCUCAGGGAACCAGGAGGCUGCGAAGCGCCAAGGACGGAAGGCACGAGGGGCGACUCCUCAGCAUGCUGGAGCUCUCGGAGAGCAGAUCUGCAGGUGCUGAUGCGGGGACCCCCUUCUCUGGACUAAGAGACCAACAGUCGCCUCCUGCUUUCCCUGGCCGAGCCGAGGACGAUGCUGGGGACAGCCCGGGCUCCCUCUCGUGUGCUUCUUUCAGCAUUUCCCCCGCCAAGUCGCACGUCUCCGUUGCAGAAGCCGCAGGCUGCGUGUUGGACUUGGAGCCACAUGUGGCUCUUCGCUUGGGCAGUCGGCAACAAACCAAAGCCUGCCGGCGGAGCAAGAGGAAAUUCUGA